GAGCAGCCAGCUACCCGUACGUCACAGUCAGCCAUCUUUGUGAGGUCUAAACCUCCGCCUCUCUUCAGUACUCACUUCUGGAGAAAGGUGUGUACAAAGUCAUUUGGAGAAAAAUACCUCCAUCAUAAAAAGAGCGACGCAAACGCUCGGUGAUCCAUUACUUAUGUCUGGAAGCAUGGCGAAUGUUGUAGAAGCUUCGUCUCAGCAGCAGUUUGAGGACCUUUUAAACAGAGCUGGCAGCUUGCUCUCCGUGGUCCACUUCUCCGCGCCAUGGGCCCCACAGUGCGAGCAGAUGAGCGGCGUUUUGGAGGAGCUGGCCAAGGAGCAUCCGCAAGUCACAUUCGUCAAGCUGGAGGCCGAGGCCGUGCCGGAGGUGUCUGAGAAGUACGAGAUCUCCUCAGUACCUACCUUUCUCUUCUUUAAGAGCGGCGGGAAGAUUGACAGACUGGACGGAGCCCAUGCCCCCGAGCUGACGAAGAAGGUCCAGAGGCUGGCGUCCAGUGCCGCCCAGCCAGCCGGUGCAGGGGGCCCCCCCAAAGUGGAUCUUAAUGAGCGCCUGCGCAGGCUAAUCAAUGCAGCGCCCUGCAUGCUGUUUAUAAAGGGCUCCGCCCAGGAGCCGCGCUGUGGUUUUAGCCGGCAGAUGGUGCAGAUCCUGAAGGACCACAGCAUCCAAUUCAGCAGCUUCGACAUCCUGUCCGACGAGGAGGUGCGGCAGGGCCUGAAGACCUACUCCAACUGGCCCACGUACCCCCAGGUGUACGUCAACGGAGACUUGGUGGGGGGGCUGGACAUCGUUAAGGUGCGUGCCGUCAUCACAGAACUCGCCGUUUUAUCGCUUGAGGACAGGUUGAAGUCGCUCAUCAACAAGAAUCCUGUCAUGCUCUUCAUGAAGGGAAACAAAGAGGGGGCCAAAUGUGGAUUCAGCCGUCAGAUUCUCGAAAUCCUGAACAACGAGGGUGUGGAGUUCGACACUUUUGACAUACUCUCCGACGAGGAGGUUAGACAGGGACUAAAGACUUAUUCCAAUUGGCCCACGUACCCUCAGCUAUAUGUGAAGGGGGAGCUUAUUGGUGGACUGGACAUAAUGAAGGAGCUGAAAGAAAGCGGCGAGCUCCAGUCCGUGCUGAAGGGCGGCAGCUAGUGGACGUGGACCUGAUUCUGUUACCUUAACUUCCAGCGCUUUAAACCAGCCUCGUACCUGUGUCUGUUCCUUAAUGCCAGUGCUGUGUGGAGGCACACUCUCAGUGGAUUAAACACGAUGCCGUCAAACA